AUGGAGUACACCGGAACCGACGUGAUCGCGCAGGCACACGACGAGCCCACCUGGAUUUUUAAAGGCACUGGCGAGGUUUUAGCACCCGACAGUGCACCACAGGCGGUUCCAGAUGUGUCGUCCCACGCGCCAAGCAACAUCGGGCCUGCUGCAAUCAAGAAGCGCUCAGGCCGCUGUGCUUCUUCAUCAGCCUUCAGGGGAGUGACCCGCCACUCCACCACUGGACGAUAUGAGGCUCAUCUGUGGGACUCAUCUUGGAGCCGUCCAAAGACAGUGAAGGGUGGGCGCACGCGUGGCAAGCAGGUGUAUCUGGGCGGGUGGCUGACUGAACAUGAGGCAGCUGAAGCAUAUGACAAGGCCGCCAUCAAGUACUGGGGGCGAGAAGCAUCCCUCAAUUUCACAUGGGAGCGAUAUGAGGGUAUGAUGGCAGACCUGGAUGCCAUGACCCGGGAAGAGGUGGUGGCUAUGCUAAAGAGGAACAGCACUGGCUUCUCAAGUGAGGAGGAAGCUGCGCAAGCGUAUGACAGGGCUGCUAUUCAAUACAGAGGCAAGAAGGCUGUCACCAAUUUUGGACACCGCUCCUAUUCCCCAGAGGGUCCCCACCUUGCGCCAACUUCACACUCUACUUCGCAGCAGAAGCCGUCGCAAAGUCGUAGCGUUGUGAAGACCACUCAGCUGGCGCCGAGCACCCCAGCCCAGCCGGAUGCAUGCUGGGCAGGAGGACCUGCCCAAGAGCUGUGGUCACAGGGGUACGCCAAUGCCACUGAUGCCAUGCUGCAGCAGAUCAUACUAGACCUGUGGCCCCACGACCUGCCUCAGUCUGGGAAGAUGGCAGCUGUGCAGCCCUUGUCUGCCGGAUCGGAGGCAUCUGCUGAGUCAGCUGUCCCUGAAGCAGGAGUGUGGGAGGCGACCUCGGGGCUGCUAUAUAGCGGGCCAGAGACACCUCCAUUGGAGCGGUUGCCCAGUGGGUGGAACCUGAGGUCCAUGGAGCUGACUCCCUUCGAGCCCCAAGCUCUGGACAUCUUCAGCAUUGUGACCGAUGAGCAGGCACUAGCGAUGGAGCAUAUUCUGAACGCUGCCAGUCAAGAUCUACAAUGA